AUGUCGUACGCGCCGCCGGUGGCCCCCAGGAAGGCUUCAGUGCGGGUCAUGCUGAGCCCAGGUGACCAGUCCCUGCCUGGAGUCCUGCCCAUGUACCGAGACCCAGCCAAAGACAACCACCCCGGACCCACCAACAACAACGGGCAGUCCUCCGUGAACCCAGAGAGAGAAAUUGAAAUUCUGAAUCACUGUUUUGACGACAUCGAGAGAUUCAUGGCGCGUCUCCAGCAAACGGCCGAGGCCCAGAGUGUCCUGAACCAGAGGAAGAAAAAGAGGAGGAGCAAGAAGAAGAAGGAGAAGGAGGACGACCUGUUGACCGUGAAGGCUGUUCCACCACCAGAAGAGGAGUUUGUGGACAUCUACCAGAAGUUGAAGUACUCCUUCAGUCUGCUGGACCGCCUCAAAACAGCAUUAUCUGAGCCCGGUGCCGCGGAGCUCCUGCAUCACACCUUUGUCCCUCUCAAACUGAUGGUCAGGACCACUGGGGUGGAGCUGGGGGGCUCCGUGGUCAGUCCAGCGUUGACCUCUGGGGCCGUGUCUCUGCUUCAGGACCAGCUCACUGCAGAGGAGAGGGAGCUGUGGAUGUCACUGGGACACAACUGGACCUCAACCCGGUCACAGCUUGGCGUCUCUGUUCCUCCGUACUAUCCAGUGUUUCUGGACGGCUGGCAGCCUUCUGGGGGGCUGCUGCAAGACCCCAUCGAGGCCCAGCACAAAGAGGACGCCCUCAGUGGGAGUCUGGCGGCCCAGAGAACUCAGGCCACUGCUUCACCCACAGAGGGAGGUGAAAACGGUUUGACGGACGAGAAGAGACUUUACUGCUGCAGUUACGACUUUGUGGCUCGAAACAGCAGUGAGCUGUCCGUCCUGCAGGGGGAGACAUUAGAGGUGAUCGAGUCGUCCAAGCACUGGUGGAAGUGUCGUAAUCGUUUCGACCAAAUCGGUUUCGUUCCACAUAACAUCCUGGAGCCUUUGUCUGAACUAAACAAGACUGAAGAGCGUGCCACGGUGGUGCGCAAGGAAACAAAGACAGCCCUGGUCCCCCGCUCCAAGUACUACUCGUAUGUCCCCACGAGUGCAGUAGAGAGUAUUUCAACGUCUGAGAACCUCCCAGUCCGACCACACAGCAUGUUGUUGCCCCCCUCAAUGUCACAGGCAGAAGACAGAAGCAGAAUGUUGAUAGUGAAUGAUGAGCUGCUGGAGAGGCUGGCGAGUCGGAGGGAAUCCAUGCGCCCCCUGGUGGUCUCCAAAGCUGCAGACACCCCCUGCCCCCUGGACUACCACUCCCCCGCCCCAGAGGUGAAGGCCUGGCUGAACACCAAGGGCUUCACAGAGCAGACAGUUGAGAUCCUGGGCAUUCUGAGCGGAGCGCAGCUGUUUUCUCUCAACAAGCAGGAACUGUGCAUCGUGUCGCCACAAGAGGGCGCCAGAGUCUACAGCCAGAUCCUGGUUCAGAAGGCUCUGCUGGAGGAUGUGCGGAAAGCCUCUGAACUGGAAACAGCCAUGGAGAAACAGAAGCUGAAGAUCGGUACGGCAGAAGAGGGCCAAGUUUGA